AUGGCGUCCGCUAGCAAUGACCCAACUGAUCUUCUGCCAGAUCAGACCGAGGGAUACAAGGUGGGGGAGAAGAAGACCAUGGAUGAGUACAGCAAGCUUGAUGCCGACGACGACGCAAUGCAGCGAUACAAGGCGUCCCUAGGCCUCGGCGGUGCUGGCAAGGACAUUUCCGACCCCAACGACCCGCGACACUGCAUUAUCCUGUCUCUGACCAUGGACUCUGAGGGCCGACCACCCGUCACCAUCGAUCUAUCCGAGAAGGGCAGUGAAAGCACAUUGAAGGACAAGCCAUUCAAGAUCAAGGAAGGUGCCAAGUUCAGCAUGACCGCCAAGUUCAAGGUCCAGCACGAGAUUCUGAGUGGCCUGCAUUACGUGCAAAUUGUAAAGCGGAAGGGCAUCAGAGUCGGCAAAGACCAGGAGAUGAUCGGAUCGUACGCACCGAACACUGAUCAGAAUCCCGUCUACACAAAGAGAUUUGCUGAGGAAGAUGCUCCAUCCGGCAUGCUGGCCCGAGGACACUACACCGCGGUCUCCACAUUCGUUGACGACGACAAGAAGCGCCAUCUGGAAUUCGAGUGGGCCUUUGAUAUUUCGAAGGAUUGGUAA